AAUGACUCAUUGUUUAAGAUUAACAGUUCAAUUUUGGAUUACGCCUUUAUAUAUUGAAGAAAUUCUCGAAUUGGAAUAUAAUUUAGGAAACUUCACUAAAACUUUAUACGAAAAAGAUGAAUAUAUUUUUGAUAAUAAAGAUAAAAUUGAUAAUAAUUUAAGAGUAACGAUAGAAAAUUUAAAAGAAGUUGAACAUUUAAGAGAUGACUUGGUCAAAAAUAAACAUUUUAAUAUAAUAGUUCUAUAUAGAUCUAUAUUUCGUUUGACACACAUUUGGUAUCAUAUUCUUGAAGAUAUUCAUGAUCUUUCUUUGCAUUCUUCGAUUUAUGAUUCUAAAAAUACGGCAAAUAUUUAUCAAAGACAUAUUUUGGAUUUGAAAAGACUUACACCGUUCUUAGCUAUGGAAAUUGUUCAACUAAUUAAAAUGUAUUCAAUACCGAUAAAGUCUUUACUCAAUGGAAAACUAUUGCAUCAUACAAUGGCAAAGUGGUCUGACGAGGAAUUUCUCCAUCUUGUUAAAGAUAUUUACGCGAAAGAUGCCGACGAUGAAGUCUUGUUAUGGUUAAAAGAGGGGGAAAACUUUCUCUCGGAUAGGAAGCACUUAAAAGAAAUCACUAGUAUGAAAGCAGCCGUUUAUUUGAAAAAAAAGUUGUACAGGCAAGCAGUAGAUAUAUUUGAAAUUCUACUAAAAAAUGAACCGGAUUCUCGCUCUUUUAGAACUAGCUUAGAUUAUGCUACAAUAAAAGCAAAAGAGAAUAAAAACGAAUUUUUAGAUACAGAGGAAGAGCAAUCAUCUUAUUCAAGUGUUGAUGAAAAAGAGAGAAAACUGUGCAAUGGGGAAAUUUAUAAAGAGCCUACAGGAGAUUUACAAUCAUUCACUCUAGCAAACACUGCAAUAAAAGCCACCCAAAUUCAUAAGAGACUUGUUAUAAUCGAUAAUGCCUUAGAUAAAACUAUAUUAAAUAUAGUAUCGACUCAGGCUAACCAAACGAUUAAUAAAGGCGUGUUAACAACAGAGGAAGCUCGUUUGAAAUUUCCUUUAUUGUCCAAGCAAUAUCCAUUUAGAAAUAUGACAAAGUUAUUUAAAUCAUUAGCCUAUAGGGACGAAUGGGCUGAAGAUUAUAUUCAUGUUAGCUUUGUUCAGCCAGAAUACGGUCGGAUAAUCAUGUGGAGAGGAAAAAAUACUGUUAUCAAGCAUUGUCCAGGAGUUUGUGGGUCUAAUAUUGGUAAGUAUUAACUUGAUUAUUUUUAAUAGUGCCUUUCAAGUACUUAGUAAAGUAUUUGUAUAUUAAGUAAAGUUAUACCAAAGUAAAUGCGCACAACGGUGAUUGGUAUUAAGUGAAUAAUUAUCAAAGUGUCAUAGAUGGUCAAUUUAUCAACAUUAAAUGUAAUACAAACUUUAAAUAUAAUAUCUUUGGUGAUUGC